GGGGGCUGGGCUAAAGGUCAGAGCUAAACCAAGAUGGCUGCUUUCAUGGAGAGGAUGGGGCUGCUGCUCCUAGCCGGGCUUUCUCUCUGCCUCACCACCUCUUUGGCUGUGGAUCGCGGAAACUUCAAAACGUGCGACCAGAGUGCCUUCUGCAAGCGUCAGAGGGCAAUGAAGCCAGGCCAGUCUCCAUACAGAGCCUUACUGAAUACUCUGGAGCUCAGCGACUCCCGCCUCACCCUGCAGCUCAUCAACGACAACAAUAAGGUACGUUUGUUGCUGGAGCUGUACCGCCUGCAGGGGAACAUGACCCGGGUGAAGAUAAAUGAGCUGAAGCCGAUCAAGCCUCGCUACGAGGUGCCCGACGUGCUCGUUGCUGAUCCACCCACUGAGCCUUUGUCGGUUGUCUCUAAGGAUGACAAUGGGGUGGUGCUGUCUCUGGGUGCCGAGGCCCGCCGGCUGAUCGUUAGCGCACGCCCCUUCCGCCUGGACAUCAUGGAGGGCCCCCAGGUGCUGCUGUCCCUCAACUCUCGUGGCCUGCUGGCCUUCGAGCACCUGCGCCUGCGCAAGGACACUCUCACCGAUAAGAUAAGUAGCACAGUUGGUAGCAUGUGGGAUAAAAUCAAGACCGUUUUCUCUAGUAACAGUCAGACUGACGCAGAGGGAGCAGAGAGGACAGAGGAAUCUGACACUGCAGACCAGCAGGUAGACGAUAAGGCAGUGGAGGGCGAGAGUGAGAAGGAGGAUGAGCAGCCGGGGAUGUGGGAAGAGACGUUCAAGUCACACACCGACACCAAACCCAGUGGCCCCACCUCCAUCAGCCUGGAUUUCUCCCUCCCAGGAGUGGAACAUGUCUAUGGCAUUCCUGAACAUGCGGAAAACCUAAAGCUAAAAACCACAGAUGGAGGGGACCCUUACAGGUUAUACAACCUGGACGUGUUCCAGUACGAGCUCUACAACUCCAUGGCCCUGUACGCCUCUGUGCCCGUCCUCCUGUCCCACAAUGCACAGCGCACCAUGGGCAUCUUCUGGCUUAACGCUGCCGAGACGUGGGUCGACAUUAGCUCCAACACUGCUGGGAAGACUGUGUUUGGGAAGAUGCUGGACUAUGUUCAGGGUGCCAGUGAGACUCCCCAGACGGAUGUGCGCUGGAUCUCGGAGAGCGGCAUCAUUGAUGUCUUCAUCAUGCUGGGGCCCAAGCCCACUGAUGUUUUCACCCAGUACGCCUCUCUCACAGGCACCCAGUCUUUCCCCCCCAUCUCUGCCCUGGGCUAUCACCAGUGCCGCUGGAACUACAAUGACCAAGAGGAUGUCCGCUCGGUGGACCAGGGCUUUGACGAGCAUGACAUCCCCUACGAUUUCAUCUGGCUGGACAUCGAGCACACCGACGGCAAGCGCUACUUCACCUGGGACCCCCACAAGUUUUCCCAGCCCCGCGAAAUGCUGCAGGGUCUCCUGGACAAGAGGCGCAAGAUGGUAGCUAUAGUGGACCCCCACAUCAAGGUGGAUAGCGGCUAUAAGAUUCACAACGAGAUUCGUUCCAAGAACUUCUAUGUGAAGAACAAGGAUGGUGGAGACUAUGAGGGAUGGUGCUGGCCAGGGAGCGCUGGCUACCCAGACUUCACCAAUCCUGAGAUGCGAGCCUGGUGGGCGAGUAUGUUUGCCUACGACCAGUAUGAGGGCUCCAUGGAGAACUUGUACACUUGGAACGACAUGAACGAGCCCUCUGUGUUCAAUGGGCCAGAGGUCACAAUGCAGAAGGACGCUGUCCACGGAGCCUGGGAGCACAGAGACCUCCACAACCUCUACGGCUUCUACGUGCAAAUGGCCACAGCGGAGGGCUUAAUCCAGCGCUCAGGGGGUGUAGAAAGGCCCUUUGUCCUCACCAGGGCUGGCUUCGCUGGUUCCCAGCGCUAUGGUGCCAUCUGGACAGGGGACAAUGCAGCUGAGUGGGACCACCUGAAGAUCUCCAUCCCCAUGUGCCUGAGCCUGAGCCUAGCUGGCCUGUCAUUCUGCGGAGCUGACGUGGGUGGCUUCUUUAAGACCCCCAGCUCGGAGCUGCUGGUGCGCUGGUAUCAGACGGGGGCGUACCAGCCCUUUUUCCGGGCGCAUGCCCACCUGGACACGCCCCGGCGUGAACCCUGGCUGUUCGGGCCCGAGAACACAGCACUGAUCCGGGAGGUGGUACGCCAGCGCUACGCCCUGCUGCCCUACUGGUACCAGCUGUUCUACCAUGCCCACCGCACCGGACAUCCCCCCAUGAGACCACUGUGGGUGGAGUAUCCUGAGGAUGUCGCCACCUUUGCCAUUGAUGACGAGUUCCUGCUGGGGAGAGACCUGCUGGUGCACCCGGUGACCGAUGAGGGGGCCCGAGGAGUCACGGCGUACCUGCCCGGAAGCACAGAGGUUUGGUAUGAUGUUCACACGUUCCAGAAACACAACGGUGCCCAGAAUCUCUACAUCCCCGUCACCAUGAGCUCGAUCCCGGUGUUCCAGCGGGGCGGCUCCAUAAUUCCCAGGAAGAACAGGAUUCGCAGGUCGUCCUCCUGCAUGGAGUCUGACCCCUACACCCUGUAUGUGGCCCUUAGCCCACAGAGAACAGCAGAAGGAGAGCUCUACAUAGAUGAUGGCCACACGUUCAACUACGAGAAGCAGAAAGAGUUCAUCCACCGGCGCCUGACUUUUGCUAACAACGCCCUCGCCUCCAGCAAUCUGGCCCCGGACUCCCAGUUCACUACGGCCUCAUGGAUCGAGAAGGUGUUGAUUCUAGGGGCCCACAAGCCCAGUGCUGCCACCCUGAGGACAGCUGAUGGCAGCGAGACUCCCCUGGAAUUUGAGUUUGAUGCUGCCAUGUCGGUGUUAACCCUUCGCAAGCCGGGCAUGAAUGCUGGGGCGGAUUGGCUGGUGCUGUUGCGAUAAUACCAGGGGAGUGAGAAGCUGACCAUAUGGGGGUCAGAUCCAAGAGUGAACACACAGAUCAAUCAAGCAGGAGCUCUCUCCUGUGAAUACACACACACACACACACACAUUCUCUGAGUUGAGCACACACAUACAUAUACAUUACAG